AUGACUACUUCUUGGAAUUACCCCGAUCCUGCGUUACAAGAUGAACUGAAAAAAAUCGCCGAAGCAAUCGUAGCUCCCGGUAAAGGUAUUUUGGCAGCCGACGAAUCCGUUUCCACCAUGGGUAAGCGCUUACAAGACAUCGGUCUAGAAAAUACUGAUGAUAACAGAAGGAAAUAUAGACAAUUGCUUUUCACCACGUGCCCUAUUAUCGGAGAUUACAUAUCCGGCGUAAUUUUGUUCAACGAAACGGUUUAUCAAAAAACCGACGACGGUACGCCGUUCAUCGAGUGUUUAAGGAAACGAGGCAUCAUCCCCGGCAUCAAGGUGGACACUGGCGUCGUACCUCUGUUUGGAAGCAACGACGAAUGCACCACCCAAGGCUUGGACGAUAUGGCGAAACGUUGCGCCCAAUAUAAAAAAGACGGAUGCCAUUUCGCUAAAUGGCGAUGUGUCUUAAAAAUCAAAUCCAACACGCCCUCUAUCCAAGCGUUGAUUGAAAACGCCAACGUCUUGGCCCGAUACGCCUCGAUAUGCCAAGCUGCUAGAAUAGUACCGAUAGUAGAACCGGAAAUCCUACCAGACGGUGACCACGAUUUACAAGUUUGUCAAAAAACCACGGAAACCGUACUAGCCUACGUAUAUAAAGCCCUCUAUGACCACAACAUAUAUCUGGAAGGUACUCUAUUGAAACCCAACAUGGUAACAGCCGGUCAAGGCUGUCCCAACAAAGCUACGCCCGAACAAGUCGCCGCCGCCACCGUAACAGCUUUCCAACGAAGAGUACCGGUAGCAGUACCUGGCGUUACCUUCUUAUCCGGUGGUCAAUCCGAAGAAGAAGCUACCGUCAAUCUCAACGCCAUGAAUCAGUACCCUGGAAAGAGACCUUGGACUUUAACCUUCAGUUAUGGACGAGCUUUGCAAGCUUCUGUACUUCGCGCUUGGGCGGGAAAAGAUGAAAACGUCAAAGCUGGACAGGAUGAACUGUUGAAACGUGCUAAAGCAAACAGCGACGCCGCUCUUGGGAAAUAUAUACCUGGUAGUAUUGAAAGUAAGGCCGGAGACACUGGACUGUUCGUCAAGAAUCACGCUUAUUAA